AUGCCCUGGCGAAUGACCUGUGGCUUGGCAGAGCCUUGCCAGAGCUUCGUCACCGUCCUGCAGCCGGUGGUGCUUCCCCACGCCGAACGGCAGAAGGGCUUCAUCGGGAACACCAUCUUUUUGCCGCAAGCUAGUCCUUCCUCAGUCGAAGCAGUGUUGCCACCCCGCGCAGAGGACAUGGCCGAGCACAUCUUGUUCGUCUUGGUGGGCCACAACAGAGGCGACCUGCGAUCGUCGGCCACGAUGCAGGCACCUCGAGAGGAAUACGUUGCCGCUGUCGAGCGCCUCCGACAAACUUCCAAGUACUACGCGGAGGCAGCGGUCGAUCUCAGCCAAGAGAGCAGCCAGCAGGAGGAGGACGACGCUGGCAUGGCGGAGGACACUGCGGAGUCCGGCGAGCGAGCGCACGAAGACUCAGGACAGUUGCGUUUGGUCUGUGGGUUGGUAGGUCAUCUGAUUUCCAGCAUAGUCGGCCUGAAUGACACCUCGGACGAUGAGAAUCGUUGGUUGCGGGUUUGCCGAGAUGUGGAGGAUCUGUGUCGUCGAAAGCCUCGACAGUAUGACACUGAUGCAGAGUUGGUCGUGCGCAAUCGGGCCAACAAUGACCUGGGUGUGGGUGCUGCGCAGAUGGAAGGAGCAAAUCUACUGGGUCGAGAAGGCGCGCACGAACGUGGAGUCCUUCGUCGCAUCCGCCAGGUCCAGACUGUGGCCGCGCAUGGGGUGGAGACAGAGCGACAAGCGCAAGGGCAAAUGUUUGAGGUCAGGCCACAGAAGUUGGUGGUGCCUUCUCGAGAUACCCCUCUGAGCAUGUUUGAGCCAGGGACCUGGGCAAUGGCUUUUCCUACGUUGUUCCCUUGGGGUGACGGGGUGCCUUUCUUGAAGAGGGAGACGAGCAUGGAAGCUUCUGAAGUGUUUCGUUAUUUGCUCCUACGCGAAGAGCUCCAGUACAGCGGUGAGGGAGGUGUUGAAGAUGAGGCCCCUGCACUACCUCGAUGGAGUUUGUCGGCCGCUCGGGACGACGAGUGGUUGCGUCAUCUUUUUUUGGGACCAGAUUUCUGGUUAAUGUCUGUUGAGCAGUUGCUCCCGACGAUGUAUGAUGUCCAACGUCGUUUGACGUUGAUGCGGACCUCCAAGGCCUAUGUCAAGAGGAGUGGCUUCGGCCGCCACUGCUCGGUCAUAGCCUCCGUGACCUCCGAGCACCUCCUGAAGGCCAUGGCGCUGCACGGGGAGAAAGCGGACAUCCGCGAGUUGCUCCGCUCCCCGGACGUGGACGUGCCGCUCAAGCGCGCACUGGGUAGCGUCCUACAGGCCAGUUCCAACGUUUUGGGCACAGAAGGUCACCGAUCUCAGAUCCGUCUGCGAGGCCACGCAGCUGGGUGGCAUUACGGCCCAAGUCACAUUUUUGUGACACCGAACUUGGCGGACUCGCGAGCUUCUCUGCUCUUGCAAUUGCAUCUGCAGGGGGGCUCGCGAGUCGAGGCCUAUGAGGUCGACCUGGCCUGGGACCUCGAGGCACCAGCACUGCCCUCGCUGAGCGCAAUGCGUCGGCAGCUAGGAGCUGCCGACCCAGUCUCUCAAGCAAGGUUUUUUGACGUGAUGAUGACCUUGUUCUUUGAGGAGAUAUUGGGCACGUUGCCGCCGCUUACCCGCGCCAGCUUCCGAGGCGGUCUUGCCAGGGGCUUCGAAGAUGGUUUUGCUGCUUCCACUCAUGCUGGUUGCUUUGGAGAUGUGGCAGCCUUUUGUGGCCCUCUUGAGACGCAAGGACGCGGUUCCAUGCACCCACAUAUUCUGGUUGUGCUUUUGGGGCACGACCUGGGCAAUCGCCUUCGCUCUGUGUUGGCCACCGCAGCGCGUGGGGAACUGGUCAUUGAGUUGGAACGCUGGAGUCGCGCCGUCCUACAAGCAGCCAGCCGUAUUCGCUACAGCAAGAACGCUGCGAAAGGCAAGCGGGGAUGUCGAUUUGGCUGCUUCCACGUCGAACUACACAAAGAAACUGAAGACUCUGGACUGGAGAAGGUACGCGCGCGUUGUUUGAAGGGAUGGCCUCGAGUUCAGCGUGCGCAGUUUAUGAUUCUACCACGUGAAAAUGUUCCAUUGGAGGAAGAGGAGGCCAUGAAGAAUGAGAACCCCCAUGUCUUUCAACCUCAACGGGACCAUCCCUUCGAAGGCAUGUCGAAUCCCAUAGCUCAAGUCAGCAUGCGGUGCAACGUCGACGUGAAAUACUUGGGACGUGGUUUUUGCGAUGCCGAUUUGCAGAAACUGGCUGCCAAUGAAGAGGAUGGAGACGGACAGGGCGGAGACGCACAGCCACCAGACGGGGAGCGCAAAAAGAAGGACAAGAGCUUGGACGCGCGGUUGCACAGAGUUGUUGUGGAUAUGUUUCGGGACAUGCAGGAUGUGCAAUUUUAUACUGGGGAGUACGCGAGCAAGAAGUUCGAAGUGUCUCGAUCUCUGCUACCGGAACUCUUUGCCGGCGUUCAGCGUCUUGAAGCUGAAGAGGCACAGCGUCAGGCGGCACCGGUGCCCGAGGCUGCGCCGUUGCCUGCAGAAGUGGCCAGGUUGCGUGCUUUGAGUUUAUUGCGACGUCUUGCUUUUGGCAUGCAGAGAUGUGUUGCGAAGUCCAAUGGGGAGAUGGCCUACCAACUUUUGUUUCAGCAGGAGCAACUGGUCAGCUACAGUGGCUACAACAUGUUCUUUCGGUUUGUGCCCUAUGCCAUGUUUCGUUGUCGCGCAGUGGCCUUGGACGCAGCCGCCGCCAGCGCGCCUCAUUUGAAAGUUCUGCCCCUGGAGCCUGUGGAGGCUGAAGAGACUGACGCAAUCCCUGUGCAAGAGGUUGCUGAGGUAUUCGACGAGGAAGAUUUGACGGAAAGUGGGAUCCCGACAGGUGGCACGAGGGUUGUGUCGCACAAUCAGAAGGAUGAUUACUUGCAUCGUGGUGCUUCAGCCGUUAUGACGUCUAUGUCUUUGGUUAUGUAUUCUCGUUAUGUGCGACGAGAGUUGCGAACAGCAGACGACAAUGUUGUGGUGCCUGUGGAUUUGCGCCUUCCGGGGCAGAAUGAACCUGAGAAAUACGCUGCGUUUAUGCUGGGUUUGUCGUUGCCCUUUCCACGUUGCCCGGGUGCACAGCAUUGUGGAGAAGCUUGGCAAUGUUUUCAUUGUCAUGAGAUUGAAAAGUUGGAAGGGAAAGGUUUCCUGCGAGCCUGUUUCUCCAAGACCUGGAAACAAUGGAAAGCUUGCAUGCAGGUGCGCAAGGUGAAUGCGCAGGAACGACUCUUGGCUGGCUUGAGUUUACCUUUUCUGCGUGACGUGGUGGGCUUACGCGAGUGGUGCGAUGUGUCUUGUCUCGACGAGAUGCUUCUGGAUGGAGCAGACCCUGAGAUCUCCGAAGAGAUGCCUGCGCAGGAGCCCGCAGGAGAAGAUGCAGAGGACCAGGGAAUUCUGUUUCCGAGCGCCUCCACACCUUCGCCUCUGUCGAGUACCUAUCAUUUGAUGUGGUGUCUCGGGAAGGUUUUCAAGGGCAAGCAUGGUCGCUACGUGGACCUACCUCGGAUACACGAAAGGAUUUGUUGGUCUUUGGGAAUCCCUUGUGGUUUCCACUACACACAGUUGACUCCGCUGGAGCACAUGUCUCAUGUGCAGCUGCAGUGGUUGGAGAGGUUCCGCCUGCACCACGAAGCACGACAGCUCAGCAGCAGCCAGAGGAGAGCCGAGCGCUUUGCUUACAUGACCAAGGAAGAGGAGGGCGAAGACGACGAUGUCGGUCCCGUGGACAUAGAAGGAUCUGAUGUGGAGAACGAUCUCGAGCACGAAGAUGCGAUAGAGCGCAUGGAUUGCGCCGAACAUCCUGUGAGCCGAGAAGCUUUGAAAGAAGUACUCUUUCGUGAGAAAGACUGGAAGCGUUGCCUGGCGGGACGCGACAACCGCACGAAGUUUGCUCUGAGCAGAUUGAAGCAAGUGGUUGAGGCCAUGGGUGGCUUGCCCAAUGUGACUGUCAACGUUGAAGGCGAGCGUCCUCUGGAUGGUGCUCUUCGUCGCGCAUGGGCCUAUGCUGAAGCACAAGACAUGUUUGACCGGCAAUCCCAGUACCUGGAGAAUCUGUCUGGAGGUGUUCCAGAUGAUGCUGAGGAGGAGUUUGUCCCGAGUGGCCUGGAAGCGAUGACUGCGACGGAUCCGUUCUUGAUGGAUCUGAACGCGCAGAAUCUGCGACCGAGGGACUAUGCCUUGAAGCUGGUGGAGGACCAAUGCUGGUGGAAAAUCAUGGGGUGGAUCGAACGACUGGAGUGCACGCUCAACGCACAGCAGAUUCGCGCUGUGGCUCCCAUUGUUUGCGCGAUCGAUGAAAUGUGGGAGAAGCGCACCGAAGCAAGCACCUGCUUCGCCAAUGGCCAGCCCAGUGAGCGGUGCAACUGUCUAUGGCUUGGUGCGGGGGGCUCGGGCAAAACGUGGGCAUACACCAAAGUCUUGCGACCUUUGUUCCAGCGCUUCUUUGGCUUUGGUCGCUACACUGCCGGGGCACCGACCCACGCGGCCGCGCGGUUGUUGGGGGCAGAAGCUAGAACUCUGCGCAAACUGGCGAACAUUUCCCCCAACUCCGCACUACACCGCGGCGCCAUCCGAGGGCAGCGGAACAAAAAUGAUGCCCUGGAGCAACAGAUUCUGGCGUCAUUGGCCUGCAUCGUCGAUGAGCUGUCGAUGAGCGCAGCGGAUGUAUAUCAUGCUCUUGGCCUGCGCUUCUCGGUGAAGCGCUGUGAGAACUGGGCGCUGGACCUGAGCCGCUAUCUGCAGGAGUGGUUCGGCGAGAUGCCGAUAGGGCUACAAUUGGGCGACUUCCUACAGUUGCGCCCUGCCGCCCAAGCGAGCCUCUGCGAAUGGGUGGAAGUUCCGUCAGCGGUAGAACCAGCGCCGCUGACGGAACUUCAAGAAGCCGAAGCCCCAGAGCAGGCCAGCAACGCAGCCGAGCUGGGGCGGCUCUUGUUCAAGAACUCCAUGGGCAUUGUGGUGCACUUCACUGGAACUGGGCGUUUCUCUUCUUGUGCUUCCGGCCAAGCUUUGGUGGCCAUUUUGCAGCACAUGCGGCAAGGCACCGCCAUGACGGACGCACUCUGGGCGCAACUCCAGAGUCGCGUCUACGAGGUCCAGCAACUGCAAGACCUCCAGACCGCACCUUCGCGCCGGGCGUUCUUGCGGGCCUACUGGGGUGCACUUGCCUGGGAGCAGGUUGCUCGGUUGCAACAGUUGCGAGCAGUGCUCGAGGCGGAAGACGCUGGAGAACGGCUGUACUUCGUGCAAGCCAUCGACAAGCCCACCGGCGACGCCACGCUGUCUUCCGCCCAGGUCAGCGCAGCUCUGCAGUGUUUGAACAUGACCAAGACUGGCUAUUUGAUUGGCAUGUGUCCGUUGUUUCUUGGGAUGGAAGUGCGCAUUUCGUGCAUCUUGCCGGAGCCCUUGCUGACGCGCGAGCUCCCGUGCAUAGUGCGACGCAUAGAACUACAUCCCAAAGAACCUCCGACGCCACCUGGAGCAGCUUGCGUGGUCCUGCAGUACCAGCCGCUUGGAGUCUUGGUGGAGGUCGCAGACAGUGAUUAUGGUCAGUUUCAGGUCCCUGGCGACGACGUACCCAAGGGUCAUUUCUACGUGAGGCCUGCGUUCAACAAGCAAUCGGCCUGGGUCUUUGAGGUUGCGCCCAAGCAGAAACUUCGACUUGUUCGGAAACAGGUACCCUUGGCCCCACAGCGAGUGCUGACUCAUUUUGGACUGCAAGGCAUCACUGCCAGAUCUGGCCUGGUCGCUUUUCUGAAUCAACCUCCCUGGAUGAAGGAUGGAGAUUACGGUUUGGCCCUCUAUGUCAUGUUGUCGCGAGCAACGAAGUUGAGCGAUUUAUGGCUCAUUGGAGUGCCUGAGCGCCCAUAUUUCAAAGGCUUCUUGCAUGAGCGCAACAAGACUUUGGUGGAUCGUAUGAGCCUGUUUGAACGUCUGUCUGUGCAGAAUGAGCAAGCUGCGGAAAAGUACAUCCAGAAGCUGCUUUGGAGGGGAAAUGCUUACGUGAACCGCACACUUGGUGUUUCUGGAACAGGACAAGCCAAGAG